AUGGCGAAAUGCUCACUACCUUCACUCAUUCUUCUAGCAUUUGCUUUGGUUCAGUCGAACGCCACCCAAAACCACCCAUCUCCGCCAUCAGCAGCCCCGGCACCGCAAUUAACACCAUCUUGUGAUGUUCUAUUGUUCAAGAUGAUUGAUUGCUUACCGUAUCUUACAAAAAGAUCAAAAAUGGCUAAGCCUGUUGAAUCUUGUUGUUCGGGUUUUUUAGAGGUAUGGAAGCUUGAUUUGAACUGCGUUUGUGAUGCUUUGAAUGGCAGUGUUGAAUUAGGAUUCCAAUUGAACAUGACGAGAGUGUUUCAUGUUUCUUCUGUUUGUGGUUUCCCACAUGUUUCUCUUGACAAAUGUUUACCAAUUCCUUCGGUGGCAAAACCGCCGGUUCAAAUUAUAAAACCAUCUCCGGCGAUGACUUCAGCUCAAGCGAUGACAACGAGUGAUGCCGAUUCUUUUUCACAAUUAAACUUCUUCAAGAUUCUUAUUAGUUUGGUAGUAAUUUUAAAUUUUCUAGCACUUAAUUUACCAAUAUAA